GUAAUUGUAAUUCAACCAAACUACCCGGAAAAUUCAAACCUCCUUCGAUACAUCCCUAGUCUCCUCUAAAAAAAAGAACCCUAACAUUCAUUUUCUCCCAUUUUCCCCAAUUCUCCCUUCACACUCCCCUGAAGAUGGAGAACUCUACGCAAGAAUCUCACCUGAGACCCGACAAUUCCGUCACUUACGAGUCUCCAUAUCCUCUCUACGCCAUGGCCUUCUCCUCCACCCCUUCCCGUAUCCUCCACCAUGGCCAACGCAUCGCCCUCGGCAGCUUCAUUGAGGACUACAAUAACAGAGUUGACAUAGUCUCCUUCGACCCUGAAACUCUCUUAAUCAAGCCCCACCCUAACCUGUCCGUCGAGCAUCCUUAUCCCCCCACCAAGCUUAUGUUCCACCCAAAUCGAAAAUCGUCUACCUCUGAUCUUCUCGCAUCUUCCGGUGACUAUCUCCGUCUCUGGGAGGUUCGGGAUUCUUCCAUCGAGCCGCUUUCUGUGCUCAAUAACAGCAAGACCAGUGAGUUUUGUGCACCCUUGACCUCCUUCGAUUGGAACGAUAUUGAGCCCAAGAGGAUCGGGACUUCCAGCAUCGACACCACCUGCACGAUCUGGGACAUUGAAAAGGGCGCUGUAGAGACUCAACUCAUUGCUCACGAUAAGGAGGUUUACGACAUUGCGUGGGGUGAGGCCAGAGUGUUUGCUUCGGUUUCUGCUGAUGGGUCUGUGCGGAUUUUUGAUUUGAGGGACAAGGAGCAUUCUACAAUCAUCUAUGAGAGUCCCCAGCCAGAUACGCCCUUGCUGAGGUUGGCUUGGAACAAGCAGGACUUGAGGUACAUGGCUACAAUUCUCAUGGAUAGUAAUAAAGUUGUGAUUUUGGACAUUCGUUCACCGACAAUGCCAGUGGCUGAGUUGGAGAGGCAUCGAGCUAGUGUGAAUGCUAUCGCCUGGGCUCCACAGAGCUACAGGCAUAUUUGUUCUGCUGGGGAUGACACACAGGCUCUUAUUUGGGAGUUGCCGACGGUGGCUGGACCAAAUGGAAUAGAUCCCAUGUCUAUGUACUCUGCUGGCUCUGAGAUUAACCAGUUGCAGUGGUCUGCAGCACAGCCUGAUUGGAUUGCUGUUGCAUUUUCAAACAAAAUGCAGCUUCUGAAAGUUUGAGGUUAACAAAAUUUGUUCAAGGUUUUUUCUUAUACCCUAAGAUAGGAUUUGCCAAGUAUAGUUUUUACACAUUAGACAAUGCAUUUUAAGUUUCCCCAAGGGGGUGCCUCAACUUGUAAGAGCUUGAGACUUCAAGUUGGAGGUCUCAUGUUCCAACCUUGAGAAGCGAUUUGAUCAAUGAAUUUUAGGGUUAUCCCUUGUUGUAUAACCCUUUAUCAAAUGUACUAAAAGAAGAUCUAUUGUAUAUGUAUUCCAAUUACCUCAUCUAAUGUCUAUGUUA